AUGUUUCAGACACCCCCACAGUUUCCCACCAAGGACUUACAAAACACCCAGCUUACUCCUGCAAUCACCGACACUCCUUUCAAACAGGGUAGUUCCACAAAGUUCCCCUGGACAACCAAUGCGCGUUGCCGGCAUUUCACAGUUAAUGCCAUGGGCACAGAGAUGAAAAAUUAUUGCGUUGGCCUGAUGCUAGUCCAGGAAUUUCUUGAGGAGUUCCUACAGACUUCAGAGAUACCAGAUCUCCCUGCUUUAACCUUCAAGAGUGGCAUAUUUGAUACCACAAUCUCUGUCAAAGAUGAGGUGCUGGCUUAUGAACCAUUUAUUGGCACUUUGAAAUCCUUUGCCCCCGCUUUAUCAUUCAUUGACACUUCCAAUCAUGCAGACACAAAGCUUUCUCAAGCUUUCUCAUUCACUGUCAAGCCGGACAUCAGCAUAUAUGCUGAUGGAACAUCCCACAGCUGCAAUGUUUCUAUUGCAGAAGUUCUUGUCAAAUUGAAGUGGGCUGCCGUUCAUGAUGCCUUUUGCGACCCUCCUCUUGACUCAAAGGACAAAUCCUCCUUUAUCAACCAGACUGUCUGUGAAGACCAUGCUCAGGGGUAA